AGGCUAAAGUGCAGUGGCACAAUCUUGGCUCACUGCAAUCUCUGCCUCCCAGGUUCAAGCGAUUCUCCUGCCUCAGCCUCCAGGGUAGCUUGGACUAAAGGCACCAGACACUACGCCAGGCUAAUUUUUUAUAUUUUUAGUAGAGAUGGGGUUUCACCAUGUUAG